AUGUUUAAGAAAGAUAUAUCUCCCGGCUCAAAAAGCAAGGUUAAGUCCUCUGUUCAACGCGCCAUCAGAACUCAACUCGUCAACACAUAUCCGUUAUUAGCCCCUCAUAUCGAUGAGAUUAUACCGAAGAAAGAGCAGCUGGAUGCUAUGAAAAUUCCAGAUAGAGUAACUCUCUACUUAAUUGGCCCUACACCUCUAUUCUUUCAACACAUGACCGAUGCUCUCCUACCCCAUCUCAAACUCGUUCACCGAUUCCCUACCUGCUUCCCAAGUCUGCGUAUCGAUCGCGGCGCUAUUCGAUUCGUUCUUUCGGGAGCUACCCUAAUGGCUCCAGGUCUCACAUCUACAGGUGGCAGAUUACCUAAUGGAAAUAAAGAAGAAGAGGGCGUAUAUGGAGAGACUGGAGAGGGAGAAGGAUGGUAUGGGGGAAGAGAAUUGGAAACUGGUGAACCAGUGGUUAUCUGUGCAGAAGGCAAGGAGGAGGCUUGCGCGGUGGGACUUUUGAGUAUGGGAACGAAGGAUGUCAAGGAGAAGGGAAAGGGCCCAGUAGUGGAAGAUGCACAUUAUUUGGGAGAUGGAUUAUGGAGAUUAAGUACCGAUUAA